AUGUGGUCUGUGCAGGCGCUGAAGGUGGGCUGCCUCCUCGCCCUGGCCCUGUUGCCGCUGCUCUGCGGCCUCCUCCCGGCGCUGCUUUUCCGCCUGCGCGGGGCCGCCGGCAACGGCGUCUCUGGGAGCGGGCGAAGCAUCCUGAGCUGCGCGGCGGGCGGAGUCUUUAUGGCCGCUUGCUUGCUGGACGUGGUGCCCAACUCGCUGGCCGAUCUUCGGGAGGAGUUCCGUCGGCAGAGCCUUUCGCUGGACUUCCCCAUGCCCGAACUCAUCCUGGCUCUGGGCAUCCUGCUGGUGCUGGUCCUGGAGCACGUGGCCUUGGACUGCAGCGAGCGGCAGGCGGCCGGGGCUUCGCCGCCCCUCUUGCGCCGCGAAGAGGCCGCCAUCGGGGAGCAGCGGGCCGGGGCCGAGGCGGCCAACACCCCCUCGCCGUCGCCCUUCCGGUCGCUGGCGCUGAUCCUCUCCCUCUCGCUGCACGCGGUGUUCGAGGGCCUGGCGCUGGGGCUGCAAGACUCGGGGAGCGGAGUCUUGCAGCUGGCGGCCGCCAUUCUCCUCCACAAAUCCGUGAUCGCCGCCGGUCUGGGCCUGCUGCUGCUCCAGAGCCGCCUCCCUUUGCCCUGGCUUGCGGCCUCCGGCGCCUGCUUCGUGCUCAUGUCCCCGCUGGGAGUGGGCCUCGGCAUGGCGGUCAGCCACAGCUCUGGCCCGGGCGGUUCCCUGGCGCGGAGCGUGCUGGAAGGGGUGGCCGCCGGGACCUUCAUGUACAUCACCUUCCUGGAGAUCUUGCCCCAGGAGCUGCGUGUUCCUUCCGGCCGCUUGCCCAAAAUCCUUGCUGUCCUCUUGGGCUUUUCUGGGAUGGCCGGGCUGCGCUUCCUGGGCUGAGGCCGUGCCCCCAGCCACCCAC